ACAUUGGCAACCAAUAGGAAGCGUAGUGCGGCUUGUUUCCAUGGGAGGCCCCGGGAGGCGAUGCCAAGCCGCUCGAAAGCAGCACAGUGAGCGGGGAGAAGCGCAGGCAGCAGCCGGCACUGUGGAGAUCCUGCAGCCGCUCCGUGGCACUCAGCGAGCGGGUGAAAGCGAGGUUGCUGGGGUGACCGGACAGGAGACUGGAGGACUGCAGAUCGCUCGUCAAUUAAAGCCACAGCGGUGCAACAUGGAUAGAUUCCGCGACCAGCAAGUGCCUUACUGUAACUCCAAAAAGCUGAAAGAAAAGACAACAAGCUGCGAGAGGCCAGCAAAUGACAGAAAGAGAAAAUUCAUUAAGACGGACCUGGCUCUGGACACUGAAGAGCUCUUCCAGGACCUCAGUCAGCUGCAGGAGACUUGGCUGGCAGAAGCUCAAGUUCCCGACAAUGACGAGCAGUUCGUUCCAGACUUCCAGACUGAAAACUUGGCUUUCCACGGACUGCAGCUGAAGAUCAAGAGGGAGCUGCACAGCCCGUGUUCUGAGCUGAGCGUCAACUGUAGUCAGGAACGGCCCUUCAAACUCCAGUAUGGAGAGAAGUGCCCGUACAACGUCAGUGCCUAUGAGCAGAAGCAGCCUGCAGGAAUGAAGCCCUCCAGCCCCGUGACGCCCCCCUGUAGCACCCCUGUGUCCCCCCUCCAUCAUGCCUCACCCACUGCGGCUCCAACACCCAAACCAGACAGGACCUACGCCCACAUCCCCGCCUCACAGCCGCUCCCAGACAACGCCUACUCUAUGGACCACAGAUUUCGACGUCAGCUCUCCGAGCCGUGCCACUCGUUCCCCUCCCCGCCGACGAUGGCUCGAGACAGCCGGCCCAUCUACCACCGGCAGAUGUCAGAGCCCAACAUCCCCUUCCCUCCUCAAGGCUUCAAGCAGGAGUACCCCGACCCACUGUUCGAACAUCCGGCCAUGAUGGGGGCCCCGCUCCCCCACGCUUACCCCGCCACCAUGAUGAUCAAACAGGAGCCCCGGGACUUCACCUACGACUCAGCAGAAGUGCCUAGCUGCCAUUCUGUCUACUUACGGCAAGACGGCUAUCUGGCUCACGCUAACAGGACUGAAGGUUGUAUGUUUGACAAAGUGGCAAGGCAUUUCUACGAUGAUACCUGUGUGGUGCCUGAAAAGGUUGAAGGUGACAUUAAGCAGGAGUCCGGGCUGUACCGCGAGGGCCCGUCGUACCAGCGCAGAGGCUCGCUGCAGCUCUGGCAGUUCCUGGUGGCUCUGCUGGACGACCCGUCAAACUCACACUACAUCGCCUGGACCGGACGCGGCAUGGAGUUCAAACUCAUCGAGCCAGAAGAGGUGGCACGUCGGUGGGGGAUACAGAAGAAUCGACCGGCGAUGAAUUACGACAAGCUCAGUCGGUCGUUGCGCUACUACUACGAGAAGGGAAUCAUGCAAAAGGUGGCCGGCGAGAGAUACGUCUACAAGUUUGUGUGCGACCCCGAGGCCUUGUUCUCCAUGGCGUUUCCCGACAACCAGCGGCCGGUGCUGAAGACGGACAUGGAGCGGCAGAUCAACGAGGAGGACACGGUGCCGCUGUCGCACUUUGACGAAAACAUGGCCUACGUACAGGAGGGGCCGUACUGCCCGCCGCACCCCUACAGCGAGGGAUACGUUUAUUAACGUCAGCCCACCGUGAAACACACACCUCCGCUCUACCCUCCCCCGCCUCCUCCGUCCAUACACCUGAGACUGUCCUCUAAUUCACAGUCGCUCCGGGGAAUAAGACUGAACACACACAUGCAGCGGAGCUUCCCCUCCUCUCUCACAUAAACACACACACAUCCUCUUUUUUUUCUGACGUUCAAGCCGUACAGCAGGAUGGAGUCUGCACUUUAUGGACAGGAAGCUCGGUGUUAACCUGCCAGAGGCUAGCUAUGUGGUUGGCUCUUUACCGUUGUUUAUGUUUGUACAUUAAUGUGGGAGUCAUCUGUUUUUUUAUUCUUAUGAUUUUGAGCAUGUGGCGCCCUAAAGAGACAGGACUCAACGGCAAACUCAUGGUCUCCCAAGGACUGAAUCUUAGACUUCCUGCUAAAGAAACAGACUCGCAGCAAAGGGAAGGAUGAUCACUUCUGUUCGUCUUGUUUUGCCUCGAUCAGCCAUCCUGUACUUUCACGCUCAUUUAAAGUGAAAACUGGCAACGUAUUGUAACGAUGCUCUUAUGGUGAAGUGACAUGAUUAUAGACUUGAAAAAGUAAUGUGAUAAUAAAAGAGACAUUUAGCUACACACAGUGAGAGCGGCCUCACUGCCAGUUUGAUCACAACACCUCUUGUCUGUCAAUGAUCUCUGCCACUCAUCCAAUCAGACUGUAGAUCUCAUCAUGUAGGUGUUUUUGCUGUGAUGAUAUAAACCCCUGGAGCAUCUCUCAACGGCUGAAAAACCUCGUGGGUUAGUAAAGUAAAGACACCUCGAAUUGUGCUGAUGAAAAUACGGCCUGUGUUUAGGAUAAUCAAUAAAGCGUCAGGCCGCUGUAAAAUAUCACAUUCACUGUAAACAGCAGAUUUCCUUUGUUUGUUCUGAAACAUCAAAGCAGCAGUCUUUCUUUUGCCAUUCAGGUAUUCAGUUUGUUCAUUGAAUAACAGAUGAAGUGUAUGUACAGUUAAAGUGGAAAACAUCAAAACAUUUGGGAUAUUAUUUGAAUCCCUAAUUACAAAAGAUUUUAUUGGCUUGAACAAUUAAAAAAACAUAAUAAAAUCAAACGUAAAGUAAAAAUACUUUCCUGAUUUGUUCUCUGUUUUGUUCCAAGUGAACAUAAGGUGUAUAUUUUGCAUUACCUACAAAAGGUUUUUUUUGGUAAAAAAAAAUAUGAAGAGUUUAUAAUGUGAUGAUAAAACGUUCAUGUUAUAAUAAUAAGAUAAUGUUCCAUUGUAUAAUCAGGUAAAUGCACAUUUUGUUGCUGCUUCAAAUUGUAAGUGUAUUUUUUUCUAGUCUCAUGGAAGAAAAAGAAAGAAAGGAAGAGCAGCAGGUAUGAUGUGCUGCUCUGGAUUUCUCUUGUUUAUUUUUCAUUUUGUUUUAAUUUAAUUUGUUUUGUUCUAUUCGAGCAUUAAAAAAAGAAUCUGGUCUGAGUUUUGUUUCUCGGUGUUCUCGUGUGUGGGAUGAGAUUGGCAAUAGCAAAUAUUCUGUAAUAAAAUAGUUCUGAAAAACACA